UCUCACGCUGAGAUACUGUGAGUAGCUCCGCCUCCAUCCAUGGCUUUUGCUCUUGAGGGGUUUCUCUCUCACAUAAACCCUAACCCUAAGCUCUCAGUAAAGAGAGGUUCCAUGGCUUUGUCUUAUCAUCCUUGUUUAUCUUCUUUUUCUCCUUAUCGUUUCGAAGCUCUUGUUCGAUCUCACAGUUGCAGAAGUCUCUCCGUUGUUUCCUCUCCUAAAGGGCUUGGACCGCAUUUUAUUUCAUUCGACGCCAGGGUUUCGAAGAACCGAUCAUUUGUCACAUUUGCUGCUUCUCAAGAUGAUUCGAAGCAUUCGGAACUUGAAGUGGAAAAGAAGAAAAGUGAGCUUGAAGUUGGAGCAGAGGAAUCACAAGAAGAAUGGGAACAGACUCUAAAAACUUUCAAAGAACAGGCCAUUAAAAUGCAGAGCAUGUCACAAGAAGCUUAUGAGUUGUACUCCAAAAAAGCAAUGGUGAUUCUGAAGAGAGCUUCAGAGCAGCUUAAAAUUCAAGCAGAGAAAGCAAGGCAAGAUCUGAGUGUAAUAGCAAAAGAUAUUAGUGAAGAAGGUAAAGAAUAUCUUUCCACAGCAGCAGAGAAUUCCCCAGAGCCGGUGAAAGAUAUUGUGGAGACUUUUGCCUCUUCAACUGAUGACUUGAAUGAAAUCUCUAAAGUUCAGGAUUUUUAUCUUGGGAUUCCCUAUGGUGCGCUGCUUUCUCUUGGUGGCUUUCUUACCUUCAUGCUCACUGGAAGCAUUUCUGCCAUUAGGUUUGGCGUUAUCCUAGGUGGUACUCUCUUAGCCUUAAGCAUAUCAAGUCUGAGAUCAUGGAGAAGAGGAGAACCAUCUGAUCUUACUAUGAAAGGACAAGCAGCAAUUGCAAGUGUAAUAUUCCUAAGAGAGUUGUGCUUGCUUUUUCAGAGGGCGUCACUUCCAGGUUCUUUCACGACCUUAAUCAGUGGAGCAAUGGUAGCCUUCUAUUGCUAUAGGAUCAUAUUAAAUGGUAGUCAGAAAGGGCCAAACGUGGAUCAUGGACAAGGGAAUUAGUUUCAGGAAGGUAGAAGAAAGUUCUGUACUGUACUGCAAUGGCUUUGGAAGUGUAUUGUGCAGUUAGCUGAAGAUACAGAUGUAUGAGCAUUGGUGAAGAAUUAUGGUUUUGUUUACUUACAAACAUGUAAUUGUGUUGGUAGAAUCAAAAAGGAGAUUCCUCCCAGGAAAUGAAGAAUCAAGCAUUACAAUAAGGAGGAUGCUAUCUUCUUACAAGGGAGAAUAUGAUCUCUUAGCUUUUCGUUAUUCUUUGUCAAUCUCAGUGUUCAAAUCUUAUAGUAAUGUGCCAGAAAAUUGCUUUUGUUGUCUUUUCGA